AGUUAACCAAUGACCUGAGAGUUUGGAAAAUUCUGCAGGAUAGCUUGACUGGAUGGGUUAGCAGAGCUUGUGGCAUUUGGGCUGAGGCACACAUGCUGUAACUGAACAAGCUCUUCACUCCAGCUGCUGACAGUUCCCCGGGCAAGAUAGAAAAUCAGAGAGAGAGAGAGAGAGAGAAGUAAAGAGAGUUAAGUAACUUGACUAGUUCCUACGGUUUUUGAAGGCCAAUCUCCCAGUUUUUUGGGGGGUUCUACCACAACCAGGCAACCAUGGCGGAUUCAAGCGUGCAAGUUGAAACUGUGGCCCUCUCUGAAGACUCAGAUGAUGAGCAAGUGGAGGGUGAACAUGCGGAGAAGACGGACUCGCAGGUGAACGGGGUGAUGAUCCUGACUCUUCUAGACAAGAUCAUCGGGGCGGUGGACCAGAUCCAGGAGACGCAGAACAGCCUGGAGCACAGGCAGCAGGAGAUGGAGAGCUCAGUGACGGGCAUCCAGAGCGAACUGACCAAGCUGACCAAGUCCCACACGACCACCAGCAACACGGUCAACAAGAUGCUGGAGAAGGUGCGCAAGGUGAGCGUCAACGUGAAGACCGUGAGGCAGCACCUGGAGAAGCAAGCAGGGCAGAUCAAGAGGCUGGAGACCAACGAGGCAGAGCUGCUCAAGAGACGCAACUUUAAAGUCAUGAUCUACCAGGAUGAAGUGAAGGUGCCCUCCAGGGUGAGCGUGUCCAAGUCCCUGAAGGAUCUGGAGAGGGUGGUGGAGGAGGGCGAGGAGGAGUCUCAGCAUGGCAAGGAUCACGAGGACAGGGACGAGAAGCAGGAGCAGCUCUCCUCGGACGAGGAGGUGGAGAUUGAGGAGAUUAUCGAGGAGUCGCGGGCGGAGCGCAUUAAACGCAGCGGCAUGAGGCGCAUGGACGACAUCAAGAAGGCCUUCUCCAAGGAGAAGAUGGAGAAGACCAAGCUGAAGACUAAGGAGAACCUGGAGAAGACCAAGCUGAAGACCAAGGAGAACCUGGAGAAGACCAAGCUGAAAACCAAGGAGAAGAUGGAGAAGACCAAGCUGAAGACCAAGGAGAACCUGGAGAAGACCAAGCACAACAUCGAGAAGAAGAUGAGCAAACUGGGCACCAGGAUCAUCAACACUGAGCGCAAGGAAAAGAUGAAGACCUCCAGCGCGAAGGUGAAGAAGUCCUUCACACCGAACCACGUGGUCUACGCAAGAUCCAAGACCACCAUAUACAGGGUGCCGCCCUUUACCUUCCACGUGAAGAAGAUCCGGGAUGGAGAAGUGGAGGAGGUGAUGGGUACCGAGAUGGUGGAGGUGGGAGGGGAGGUGGAGGAGGAUGCGGAGGAGGAUGGGGAGUCCCAAGAGCUCCUGAUGGAAGAACACAGCCCCGAGGUUCAGGCCUUGCUUGAGCUGGCAGAGGAGACGGAUGCCUUCUUGGCUGAAAAGAGAGAUCGAGAAAGAGACAGCGACUAGGAUGUGCCCCUGAGCUGGUGAACUGUGAGACCUGAAAAAUAAUGGACAGAUGGUCUGGGUUUUAAUAUUAUAACCAUCUGAAACCCUGCCUGCAACCUAGAGAAACAAUAUAAUGGGUUAUUUUAUUCUGUUUAAGCUUCUGGUCAUGCCCUUAGCACAUACUCAAACAACAAGAGCCACGCAAUAUUUUAAAAGUGAAUAUAUUCCUAACCACACAGAAAAAGUCCAUUUAUGUCAACUUUUUUUUUUUUUUUUUUUUGUUCUGUGUUUUGAGGGAGUCUUCCUGAAAGUAUUACCAGAGUUCCGAAGUCCUAAAACACAAAAUAUAAUAUUUAAUUAAAAAAAAAAAAAACACAAUGAAACAGCAAACUGACGUCACAAGUGCUAGCCAGUUGGCUACCGAUAAGUGGGUGGAAUUAAGAGAUGGGGAUUUGAGUCACUCUAAUGAUCGUGUCACGAGUGACAAGGGACUGAAAUGUGUCAGUCAGUCAAGGAACGGUGGUACAAUUGGUUACUCUGUUUCUUGAUAAGUGACUGUACACAGUACAGCUUCCCGGUUUUAUCAGUGCAUACAAGGAUUGAUAUAUAAAAAAUAGAGUUAGAAUAGGUUCAAAGCACUAUAAAGAAACAGUAAAUAUCUAGCAAUACUGCAGGAGCUUGUAGCUGUUAUGUCGUGAGCUGUGUGGUUAAUAACUAAAGAGUAUAUAGUGUUAUCAUCAGGACGGAAUUAAAUAUUAUAUUGUAUUAUUAUUUUUAUAUAUAUUAUAUAUAUAGUAUCCUAAAGUGCAUAUAUA